GCCGGCAAUUGGUCAGCCGGAGCAGCGCGAGCUCGGCGGAAGAGCCUCCGCCGCCGCCGCCACAGGAGAAGCAGGGCCCGUUGGGAAAGUGGCGUCUCCGCCGGUCUUCCGGUCGGGGGGUUUCUGCGCUCCGUUUGUCGAGCGGAGCCCCGGCAGGAAACAGAGGAGAGGCCGGCUGCGGCGCGACCAUGAGGCGGCGCUGGGGUCGCUCCCUCCGGGGCCUCCUAUAGCCCGGCUCGGGUCCAGCCCAGCCUAGCCGGAUCCGGCGGCGGUCCCGGCAGCAGUAGCAGCAGCUGCCCGGCGCAGUCAUGGGGAAUACCGUCACCUGCUGCGUCUCUCCCGGAGCCAGCCCCAAGCUCGGCGGGGCCCGCGGCUCUGCCCUGGGAGCGGCGACGGGAGGCAGCGGCGGAGGGGGAGCGGGGGCACCGUCGGGCACGGGUUUUAGUGAGGGCCCCGCCGUCCAUCUUGAGAGGCCGUGCGAGGCAAGGGGUAGAGAGUGGCGGACUAGGACUCACGGGACCUUCAGUUCCAACGGCCUUCAUCGCCGUGGAAGGAAACUCCCUGAAGGGGAGGCGGUGGCGGCGGCGGCUGUAGGCAGCCCACUCCUCAAGUCUCUCGCCCGCUUGGGGAACAAGGCGAGGAUUUCCGGUUCUCAAGAUUUAGCACUGGAGUCAAAUCCAUCUGACCACCCUAGAGCAAGCACAAUUUUCUUGAGCAAAUCCCAAACAGAUGUGAGAGAGAAGAGGAAAAGUAACCACAUCAACCAUGUUUCCCCAGGGCAGCUUACAAAAAAAUAUAGUUCAUGUUCAACAAUAUUUAUAGAUGACAGCACAGUCAGCCAGCCUAAUCUUAGGAGCACAAUAAAAUGUGUUACAUUAGCAAUAUAUUAUCACAUAAAGAACAGGGAUUCAGAUAGAUCACUGGAUAUUUUUGAUGAGAAAUCGCAUCCACUCACGCGAGAAGAGGUUCCAGAUGACUACUAUAAGCAUGAUCCUGAUCACAAGCACAUCUAUCGCUUUGUACGUACCCUUUUUAGUGCAGCACAGCUGACGGCCGAAUGUGCAAUAGUGACAUUGGUUUACUUGGAAAGGCUUUUAACCUAUGCAGAGAUUGACAUCUGCCCAAGUAACUGGAAGAGAAUAGUUCUAGGUGCUAUACUGCUGGCUUCUAAAGUAUGGGAUGAUCAGGCUGUGUGGAAUGUAGAUUACUGCCAAAUACUGAAGGAUAUUACAGUUGAAGACAUGAAUGAGAUGGAAAGACACUUCUUGGAGCUGUUGCAGUUCAAUAUCAAUGUUCCUGCCAGUGUUUACGCCAAAUACUACUUUGACCUUCGCUCCUUAGCAGACGACAACAACCUGAGCUUUCUGCUGGAGCCCCUUAGUAAAGAGCGAGCACAGAAACUGGAGGCCAUCUCCAGGUUAUGUGAGGACAAAUACAAAGAUUUGUCAAAAGCUGCUAUGAGACGAUCCUUCAGUGCUGAUAACUUAGUUGGCAUUCGCCGUUCUAACGCCAUCCUCUCUUGAGCAAGAUGGAACGCUGUGACGUCGUGGCACCAGCAUUCGUACAGACAGGACCACCACCUCCACUCCGAGCACACACAUCAGCAGUGAUGGUGUCUUUCAGCCAGAGGACAGGGUGAGCAAAUCAAGCCAAGGAAGGCCCGAGCCAGAGGAGCGCAAUUCCACAGGGUGGGGGUGGGUGGGGGAAGAUGGGACCUUGUCAAGUGGGCACACUCCUUUAAAAACCCAGAGGUGCAAAAAAAAAACAUUUUGGAGAGCUUUUUCCCUCUCUUUUUUUUUCACACUCCCUCCUCCCAUUCAGAGAUGUUUGCUUACUGUGUAGGCCUAUAGCUGUGAACUGUGUGAGUUUUUAAUAAUGACUAGUUUUAAAUUUUAGAAGUUGAACAUGAAUGCAAUAGUCACAAUGUUCCACCUCUACCCCAUGCGCCCAGGCCCUGGCUACCGUUGCCUUUUUCAGUCAGUGCAGUACUCCACACUAACCUCGUUUAAGGCCACUUGGGAACUGAUGCUGUAGCACUGACAGGUGACGGGUUCUUCACUCCACCACCAGCCACCCUGUUGCAUGUUUACUGACAAGACUGUCUGGUACCCUGGUGUUCAGUUAAAGACCAAGGAGCUGCUGAGCAGCAAGCUGUGCUAACCAUGUAAACACCCCCCUCCAUUUUGAGAUUGUCCAGGAGUUCAGAAUGUUCAGGAUGGGAACAGGGAAAUGGGGUUCACUGCUAUUAAAACAAGUUGGUUAGGGGCCAUUUCUUGACAGCUAUGGUGCUUUUCAUAUUCUUACCCAGUUUUAGUCAAGGCCUGCUAGAGAUGCAGCCCACCUAUUUUUUGAUUUGCCUGAAGUGCAGAAUAGAGCUGCACUGAAAGCUUGGCCUGAAUAAAUCAACUGACUUGAUGAACAGACAGUAAGGUGUUCUGCUAAACUCUUCCACUACAAAUAAUGGAUAGGGAGCAAGUCUUGCUCUUGGCCUAUGCUUCCAAAAAGCUUUAAAUUAACAGUGGAGAAGUCCUGAAUUUGAUGAUGGGGAGGUAUGAUAAUCUUCAGUUCAUAUAAACAAUGCCUUUGAAAAGACUUCUUUUCUUAAAAGCCUGGUAUUUAAUACCUGUUUCUCUGGAAGUGAACUUCUAAAUGUUAGCUUUCUUUAAAUUAAGUUUUCUCAUCCAGAAUGGGAAUUCAGGAUGAAUUAACCAUUUUUGCUUCUAAAAAUAAGAAGCAUAAAUAGAUGUCCUGCAUUCGAAACUGUCGCAUUUCCAGGGUAAACAUCUAAAGGGUUUGUACUUUAAAACACCAGGUAUCUGGUGUAGUGCAAAAUAUUGUGCUGCCUCUCUUACAAUGUGGUUUCCUUUGUUAUAUUAAACAUUGAGCCCAAUUUGUUUCUUGAGUGUUCACCGGCACUCAGACUGUUAGUUUCAUGCAGUAUUUUAAUCUACCAGCUCCAGGCCGACAUUCUACAGAGUCUGUGGCUUCAGGUAUUGAUCACAAUUCAGUUUUGGGGGCGGAAAUGCUACAUCUUCAGGUGGCUUUCCUUUCUCAUGUUUGUAUUAAAAGAGAAGCUAAUAAUAAACUCUAUUUUAAUUAA